UUUAUUGUGUGUUGUUUUAAACAUGCUGGCUGCUAAUUCUGCGUAUUCCUUAGUGCUCUAUGUGGAUGACAGAAAAGACAUUAAUAGCUUGGAAAUGAUAGAUAUCGUUCCAUCAUCAUGGUUGACAUAUGACGACAAAGAUGAUUGUUUGAAGUGUCCAUGCUAUAAUAAAGGAACAAAAAAGAACAUAGACAUUUUUACUAAUGCUGUUCAAAAUCUUCUAUCACCUCCAGCUUCAUGGAAAUUGCACUGCGUGGAAAUUCACGGAUACGCAAAUACAUAUGCCAGUGGUCUAAAAAGAUUAGAAACGCUCAAAGUUAAACGUUUCGCGUUUACUACUGACGAUGAUGCUGAUGAAGAGGAAAAGCAGGAAAAGAUUGAGAAGCAAUACCGUUUAAAAGGUACAAAAGAUACAGGAAAAAAAGUUGAGCAACUUUUGUCUGAAUGUCAAGAACAUUUUGCUGCAAAGGAUCCUAUUAAUCCUAACGAAACCAAAUCAAAAGCUGCCAGUGCACGAUCGGCGAAGACUAAAAAAAAAGAUAAUUUGGAUGAUGUAAUCAUUGCUAUAAAUGAAUUGCAGACCGUUAUGCUCGAUCGUUUUAAUAAGUUAUCAUAUCAAAUUGGAACCCUUCAAUCAGAGAUAUUAAAACAAAAAUUAGAGAUUGAAGAGAUGAAGAAGUCAAAAUCGUCACAUCUAAAUGCACCAGCUGAUCCAAGUGGAAUGUUUAAUAUUGAAGGAUAUGCCACGCCUUUCAAAAACAUCCAUGAUUUUGAGAAGUUUGAUAAGAAUUUAGGAAAAAGUGUCGAACUGCGCCAAAAAGUUGUAAGUAUUAUGUUUUUAAAGGCAUUAUUAAAAUAUACUAGUAGACAGACAAAAGUAAAAAUAAUUACAAUUAGACAAUAA